GACUGAUACUUUCAGGGUCAUCUUGAGGGUUGGUAGCCUCUGGGAUAAUUUCCUUAGACAUUAUGACACAGAAAUGUAGCAGAAAGCAUGAUUGACUCAUUGUCCAGUAUAAAGAAACUGCAUGACUAACAUAGUCCAUUCAGUUCAAACUGUAGGUUUCUUAUCUAUGACACAAAGGUAGAAACAUUUAUGGGUAUCUGACUUUCAGGGGAGUGUUUUCUUCCGCAAAAAACAAAUAAACCGGGAGAAACAUUAUUAUCCUAAAAACAGCAUAAAUAGGAAGUGAGUUUAUGCUUAAAAAAAUCGUGAGAGAAGACAGGCUUGAUGGCUUUUCAUCAUCUAUUAUAUAAAUAGCACCUAAUCCUGAAUGAGCUCUGGGCACUUGUAAUAUUUUAAAUAUACUAAUAAGCAAUGACAAUAAACCAAAAGAGAUUAGACGAACAUUUAAUAUAAUAGUAAACAUUCUGCUAGAAUUGGAAUGUUACAGGAGACAGCAGAUGCAGCAGGUGACCAGCAGGUUUUAUUGAGUAAGGAUCUGAUUCAGCACAUACUCAUUGGGAAUAAUUCACCAUACAGACAGGAAGUUCAUUUUUCUGUUAUCUUUAGAAGGGCACAAGAGUCCACUGAUACAAAGCAUGCUGCUAGCCCACGUGCUGAUUCAGAUGGCACUUGACUUGAGAGGGAGGAUUUAAGAACUAAAUAAAUAUUGAAGCUGAAUGAGAUGUUUAUUGGUUGCCUGUGUUCUUGGUUCGUGGAAGAGUGUGGAAGUGUAGCCAUUUGUCCCUUGUAAACACAGCCCAGCUGAUUGCCUACGAAGAGAAGGAGAACAGUUUAUAAAAGGGAAGGAAGAAAACUAAUCCCUGCUACUGCCCUUUCUGCUGCUUUGAGGAGUGAAGCUGUAGUUGUGUCUUCUACUUCUCUAUUUGCUUUACUGAAAAGACAGCAGGAUUCCUACUGCCUAACUGGGGCAAGACUAAGAGGUUUUCUCUCUCCUGCAUCUCCAGGGCCCUGUAAUGCCCUGAUAAAGCGUAGACUCCAGCUGCUCUCUCUCACCAUCAGUUCAUUUAGUUUAUCUUAUCAAUACUAUGCAAAUCUGGUUCAAAUUAGAAUUACCACCAGCAUUUUUUUUUUUUUUAGCAUUUUUUCCUUAGGAAAAAAAACAACAACGACAACAAAAAACCCAAAAGAUACGUAUUAACUUUUGAAAUAACUGACCCCUGGUAGCUAAGUCUGAUAGCAAGGUAGUGAUUUACCAAGUUUAUUUAAUGUAAUGUGCAAAUGGGCAACUAAUGCAGGACCCUACUAGCAGUGCCUUUUAAGAAAAAAAAAAAAAAAAAGCAGUUUGAGGAUACUUCUUGGUAGACACCAGAGAAUCUGCAUGGAAAAGAGCCAUUGUGAAUGUUAGAGUUCUUGGAAAGCUUUCACUCAGCUUUCUUAUUUUAUCAGACACUGGGAAUUCUAUUGGGGUUUCUUUGGCAAGUCCAGCUGAAGCUUUUUCCAAAUUUUGGCAUUUAUAAUUUUUAAGAUAGUGUGAGCUUAGUCUGCACCCGUAGGUGUUGUUAAGUAUCAGCCAGGGGACACAAAAGCUUAGGAAAACAGGCUUUGCUAGAUCUGAUAAACACAGACAUCUCUAUUUUUAUUUUAUUCUGUGGUGAUUUCUGAGUAGACACUUUCUUUUGAAAAAGAAACAUGGAUUCUUAAAUUCUUUCCCAAGAUAAGGCUUCGAGAUUACAAAUUUCAGCUCAUUCAAAAUAAAUUUCAAUUGGUAAUAAGAAUUCUGUGAUGGCACAGGUCUUAGAGCUAUUGGAAUCUCAGGCAAAACCAUCAGCAAUCAGCUUAAAAGUGGUCUGUGGUUUUUAAUGGGCUCAUAUCUUAUUUUUUGUUUGUUUGUUUUGUUUUGGCUUGAUUUGGCUUGGUUUGUUGUUGUUGUUUUUGACAAAAACUCAAGCUAUUCUUUUGUGAGCUGAUUACGUGCUCUAAGGAAGCAGGAAAUCAGAAUUGUUAGUACAUCUUUUUGACAGUGAAGUUUUCCAUGCAUAAGUGCAGCAAUUUGUAUUUCACAUUGUUUUCAUCCUUAUGCCAAGGAUAAUCUAGAAGAGUUGAGCACGUCAGAAAAAUGUUCACGAGGACAAUGUAAUAUACUUUGAUCUCUACUGCUAGGAUCAGACACUGCUAUAGAAAAGCAAACAUGGGAGUGUGACAUCUUGAAUCACACAUUUUUUGUCAAAAUGGCUUUUAUUUUCUCAACUGCUAAUUUAAUUUUGUUCUGCCUUGAAAAUCUGUCCCUUCUCUCAUUAUGCUGAAACAACAGCAGUACAGUACUCACAUACAAACUGUAGGGGAAACUGAUACUGAGGAACCAGCACCUAAGAUUUCCUAUGAGACAAGAAAUAGGACUUGAAAACAGCCUGGAAAAUAAACCCAGUACUGGACUCAGUGUCCAAGAGUCCUAGAAUGAACCCAAUUACAACUCAGGGGAAAAGAAAGAAAUUUUUAAAGGUACAGACUUUUUCUCAAAACGUAGUAUGUUCAUAAAAAAGAAAACAAUAAAAAUGCAUGCCAGGGGUGUUUUGCUGCAAUGCUACUUGAAAACAUCAGACAAGCUUUCCUCUUUAUUUUGAGCAAGGUUUGUUGCUUUUUGAGAGGGCUUGCGUCUUUUGCUAGCGAGCAAGUGUUCUUUUGGCAGGUUCUUAUAGACAGUGCAGAACUGUAGGAACAUUUUUGUCCUAUUAGUAGGAAGAUAUGAUCCUUUGCUAAGAGCGGCUAGAGGGGAGAAGGGCACUAGGAAGGGAUGUACAGUAGCAGAAGUUCAUUUGGCCUUGUGGGAUUUUUGAUAAAAGCUAGAAGUUGAAGCAGACGUUCACACUGCAAACAUUUUGAUGCACUCUAUCAUUAAAGCAGUAAAUUAUUGUAAUAUGGUGUAUAUAUUAAGUUCUCUUGCUUGGCUUCAAUGAAAGGAUGUUUUUUUCUGAUAGUCUGCUGUAUUACUCUGGCAUUGCAAGAUUGUACCUUGGGAUGAAUUUGCAAAUAAUUAAUGCAGAAAUACUUAGAGACUCCACCACAAAUUAUACCAGUAUGAGUGACUUAGUUCCAACACUUCUCCCAAGAAGCAAACUAAAUAUUUAACAGAAAAAAAAAAAAAAGUAAAAAAAAAAACCACUGAAAGUAAAAUCCCCAUCUCCAUGCAGUGGAACUGAACUUCAUAGUGAGCAUCUGAUUAUGUUGCUCUCCUAUAUUUUUUUUAAGAGUCAAAGAUGUCUUAUUUACUCUGAACUACUUACCUGAUUUUGUAAGAAUGUAAUUGUCUUAUGCUUUUGUUCCUGAAAUGUGCAGUGUAGGGCAUAAAUAGAUUGUUACAUAGCAAACAUGAAGUUCUUGCAAACAUGAAGGACACCAUGAGGCAAAGACAAGAAAUUGGCUAAAAAGCACUUUUUUGCCCUAUGGAAAUAGAAGUGAUAAUUCCUUUAUGCCCUCAUUUAAUCUGUGUUUUCUUUUUUCCAUGUGCUUCUCUAUAUUUAGUUUUGUUUUUAUGAUAAAGUAGCCAUGUGCAUUGACAAGCUUUGCACAACUGGACUUUAUCAUUUUGUUACUGUUAUUUCUUGGAGGUCACAGCAUUUUCUGUUCAAGAAGACAGACUGGCUUCCAUAGCUAAAGGCAGAAGCUACUGACAUUGUGUAAAGCAUGUACUGGGAUAGCCCUACAGCUCAUUGUACUCUGAAGGACUAGUCCUCAUCCUCAAGGCACAGUCUGUCUGUCUGUGUGUAAGGCUACUAACCAGUACAAAGGAUUUUUCUUCACUAGAAUGGAAACUUGGAGACAUUCCUGGCAUGGAAGAAAGUGAGUGUUCAGAGUGGAAGCAUCAAAAAAGCUUCUGAUAAAUCUUCUGCAGCUGAGUUGUCUGCCCAGAUUCUCUUUCCUAAAUCUGAUGAAGAGUAUUCUGUCUUACUCGUGAUAGUGAGGGGAUACAUUCAGGUUUCUUGUUGCUGAAUAAAAAUAUCCUUCAUAAUCUCAUUUGGUCAACAACAUGAUUGUAUGUGAACACUCCACAAAGAAAGCUUUUGAGUCACAGUAAAAAUUUCUCAGUAAUACCUAAACACAACUUUUUUUUUUUUUUUUAAUUCAGUUCCGAAAUGGGUGUCUAUGAAAACAGAUGCAAUUUCUAUGCUGAGUCAGUGUUAAUAUGGCUAAGUAUAACAUAGGAAGGAACCAACAUUGACUAAAACGUCAAAGAAACUUCAAUAUAUAGGUCAUCAGUUAAGGCUACUAACAUCCUCAUUUACAGAAAAAUUCAUACUUCAAACCAGAGAAUUUGUUUUUCUCCUUAAAUGCUGUAGUGAUAAGAGAAACUGAAAUCCUUGGCCCCGUAAUUCUGUUGCUCCAAAUUUCAAUCUUACACUAUGCAGAAGAUCAGGAAGAUGGUCAGCAAGUUCAGGUAAGCUGUUGAGGGUCUGAGUCUAAUGGAAGAUCUUCAGCUUGUCAUUAUUUAGAAUAGUCUGGAGGUUUUCAGAGUUUCUGCCAGCAUCCUCAAAAGACAAUACAUGUGCUGAACCCGUCUGGAGCAUGCCACUGCUUGGCUGCAACCAUGUCUUACCCCCUGGAUGCUCUUGUUUUAAGGCAACACAGUAGUCGAUGCCCUGGGCUGCGUGCUUGCUGAGUCAACUCUUUUCCAGCCUCUUAGCAUCACUCAAUCCCAACUGAUCAGACAACAAAGAAGAAUCUGUACUUAUGUUUUCCUAGUGCUGUGCUGAAAUUAUUUAAAGUACUGAGAAGGUUACUAUAAGUGCACUUGAAUUCGUAGAAAAAUGCAGCUUUGCUUUUUGUUCUCUAGGAGUGUAAGUAUGCUGUAUAUGGAAACCACGAUGAAAUGUUUAAUGAAGAGGACAUCAUUCCUAAUAUGUAUAAUAGGGUAAUUUUCCCAGAAGUAGUAGUUCCUGAAGAUCAUCAACAAAAGCACAGCUAUUUCUGGUGUUGUAUUAGGACCUGUGCUAAGAAUCAAGUCUUCUACAAAAGCAGACAGUGGAGCAUCCUUUCUAAAAAAGAUGUUUGUACAGCAUCACAUGCUUAUGUCUGAUCUUCUUUUUGCUAGACUCUAGACUUUUUUUUUUUUUUUUUAGCUGUGUACGAUAUUGAAAGUUACAUGUGGUGGGAUUGUUUGAAUUAAUCUGUGAACUGUAAAGAGAACAUUUGCUGCCACUUCCUUUUUUUCUGAAAGCAUACAAGAAGUAGCAUGCAAAUUUUUAAAGCAAGUGCUGCUAAACUGUGUUUCUCCCCCUUAUUAAGGCCUAAUUAAUUGCAAUUAGAACUUUUGAAAUGUCCAAAAAUUGUCACUUACUAUAAGGUUAAUGCUUGAUCGUGUGCCUAUGCCAAAAAAAAAAAAAAAAAAAAAAAAAAACCCAAAAAAACAAACCACUAAAAAACUGAUCAGUGUAUCAGUCCUGCCUGGAAGUGAGUUAAGGGUGCUUCCCUAGAGGUAACAGAGAGGUCAGAAACAAUGUUGUGAGGCAGUCGAGAGUGCAUGGGUGAUGACUUUUUAAUUAUUUUUAGCAUAGCGGUGACGAGGUGUUGUACUUGAAAAGCUGUUAACCUAGACAACUUUUUCCACCAUGGUGUGUAACAACAACAGUGCAGGCCUUGAUUAGAGCUUCAGGACUGUUUAGGAAAUCUUUCCUUAUGGUUCUGCUCUUCAGAACUGCUGGAGCAGAGGGGGAUUCUUGUUUGAUGAGGACUUCCAUCAUUGUUUAGAGUUCCUUUCACACUUGUGAAUAUGGCCAUCAGCUCAGUAGGCUGUGAGAAAGUUCUUGGGUGACAGGACUGCCUUGUGGGCAAUGCAUUCUGGCCCAAAAAGGGGGCCAGAUUCUGGAUAUGUUGGGAAGGUGGGCACUAUGUAAAGAUUCCUAAAUGCAAAGUGCUGUUGUAAAUAUAUGUUGCUACAUCUUGUUACUAAGAAGAAGUUUAAGCUUAAAAAUAAAUAACAAACUCUGCAUUUUAUUACUUCUGCCUAAUCAUGGUAUCCUUCAAAUUCAUUCUGUUGCUUUCAUAUUCUUUGGAAAAAUCUCUCUGUUAGUCUUAAGAAAAGAUAAUACUAACUUGCGAAGAAAAACAUGAGUUUCCCAAUGUCUGAUUUUCAAGAACUGCUGAAGGUCAGGCCGCAGGCUAGCAGCAAAAUAACUUUGUACAGAUUCAUUUUACCUCACUUCAUUAUGUGUGUUAUCCUCAAUGAAAUCAUUGUAUAAGGUCAUCAGAUAACUAUGCAUAUGUUAACUUCCUCUCUGCUUCAUCAAAAGCAUUUAACACAACACACUCACAAACAUACUGUAAACAAAGUGAUUUCUGUUUCCAAUAUGGAUCUUGAUGAAAUCUGCACUGUGAGAUCAAUGCCAGCCAACUUCAAGAACAAGCUGCAGUUGCCACUCUUUAAAAAUAAUGUACAAAGUGUGUGAGUUGUGGUGUCUGCUGCACUGCAGGCACUCACACAUUCCCUUUUGAUGGAUAAACGUUCUGGGAAAUCCUGACUUUAUGUGCCAAUUUUUUUUAGAUUAGAUGUAGCAAUUAUAGUAAGCAUUAGACGUUUAAAAUACAGUAUCCACAAUUCAGUGGGAAUGGGGUUUGGUGCAUAUCAGCGUCUUGUUUGCUGAGGUGACAGAUUAACCAUGGUGUGGGCAAACACUGUAGCGUUUCCCUUAAAUGCUUCUGCCAGUUAAUGUCAAUCCAAUUGAGACUUAUCCUUUUGCCAAAAGGGAAUGGACAUUAUUCAAAAUUCUGAGGUGUUUUUGAACCAGCCCACAGUUAUGCAAAGUUCAACAGCUUUGAAGGAACCCAAGGGUCUGGAGCGUGAGCUGUGCAAUGUAAAAGGUUACAAAUCUGGUAUCCCAGAUGUUGAAUAGUAAUGCACUCAUCUAUUGGUAACUAAUUCAUGCUGGAAUGUAUUAUUUUAAAAGGAGUUUUAAUUAAUUUGCUUCCCAGAUUUGUUUUACAUUUGGGAAUGGGGGUAGGUGAGGUGAGGGGGGGGGAGUUAAUUUGGUGUGAAACAAGUCGUUAUUUUAGGUGGGAAUAACCAGCCCACUGGAGAAAUAUUUCUCUGCCUUGCCUUGGAGGUGCGUUUGCAUGUAGCUGGUCCAGCAGCAUGCCAGGAGUUUCAGAUCUGGAUGUUGCAGACACAGAACACGGCAGUGUGCCUGGUCUGAAAUGUGCUCAGCUCUCUGCUCAGUGCGGAGGAGCAUCUUCUUAUGCUGCAUCAUAGGAAGCAAGCAGCUGUGCUGUGUAGCUGUGUAGGUGAGGUUGCAUUGUAGUUGAGGAUUGGUGGAAGAAUUGUAGAUACCUCCAGAUCUGCUGCUGAGGGAGGCAGUCUUCCCCUUUGUGCAACAUCUGUGAGUUUUAAGAAGUUAGCUGCAACGUGAAAUACAGCUGUCGUGAUCAAACCUCCUUACCGUUGUUGGGUCCACCUCCAAAACUUUCACCAAACAUACAGCCCACAUUGCACGCAUACACGCAGACAGACAGGCUGGUGGGCUGGAGCAAACGCUCCUGCAGUAUUUGAGCACCCUUCGGCACCUCGCUGCUGGGCAGAACGCUCACGCUGAUUUUCGCGCUUCCUCGCGCUCUCUCCAAGUUGACCAAUUAAUCAGUCAAGACAUCCCCAGAGGAAGCCUACCAAAAGCUGGCCAGCGAGACCCUAGAGGAGCUGGACUGGUGCCUGGACCAGCUGGAGACCCUGCAGACCAGACACUCCGUCAGCGAAAUGGCCUCCAACAAGUUUAAAAGAAUGCUCAACCGGGAGCUAACUCACCUGUCUGAAAUGAGCAGAUCAGGCAACCAGGUCUCAGAAUAUAUAUCGAACACAUUUUUAGAUAAACAGCAUGAAGUGGAAAUCCCUUCUCCAACACAAAAAGAGAAAGAGAAAAAGAAGAGACCAAUGUCUCAGAUCAGUGGAGUCAAAAAGCUGAUGCACAGCUCCAGUUUAACCAAUUCCAGUAUUCCCAGGUUUGGAGUUAAAACAGACCAAGAAGAUGUUCUUGCCAAGGAACUAGAAGAUGUGAACAAGUGGGGCCUUCAGGUUUUCAGAGUAGCAGAGCUAUCUGGAAACAGACCUUUGACAGUCAUCAUGCAUACCGUUUUUCAGGAACGAGACCUGUUAAAAACAUUUAAAAUUCCAGUGGAUACUUUAAUAACUUACCUGAUGACCCUAGAAGACCACUACCAUGCAGAUGUAGCAUAUCACAAUAACAUACAUGCUGCAGAUGUUGUUCAGUCAACCCAUGUCCUGCUGUCAACCCCAGCAUUAGAGGCAGUGUUCACUGACUUGGAGAUUCUUGCAGCAAUUUUUGCCAGUGCAAUACAUGAUGUAGACCAUCCUGGGGUUUCGAACCAGUUUCUUAUCAACACAAAUUCUGAACUUGCCUUGAUGUACAAUGACUCAUCAGUACUGGAGAAUCAUCACUUAGCUGUGGGUUUCAAGCUGCUACAGGAGGAAAAUUGUGACAUUUUCCAGAAUUUGACCAAAAAGCAGAGGCAAUCAUUGAGGAAAAUGGUCAUUGACAUUGUCCUUGCUACAGACAUGUCUAAGCAUAUGAAUCUUUUGGCUGAUUUAAAAACUAUGGUUGAAACCAAAAAAGUGACAAGUUCUGGUGUCCUACUUCUUGAUAACUAUUCAGAUAGGAUUCAGGUUCUUCAGAAUAUGGUGCACUGUGCAGAUCUCAGCAAUCCAACCAAGCCACUCCAUCUCUACCGCCAAUGGACAGACAGAAUAAUGGAAGAAUUCUUCCGCCAAGGAGAUCGGGAAAGAGAGAGAGGAAUGGAGAUAAGUCCCAUGUGUGAUAAGCACAAUGCAUCUGUAGAAAAAUCACAGGUGGGCUUUAUUGACUACAUUGUUCAUCCUCUGUGGGAGACAUGGGCAGAUCUUGUUCACCCGGAUGCCCAGGAUAUCUUAGAUACACUGGAGGACAAUCGAGAAUGGUACCAGAGCACAAUCCCUCAGAGUCCCUCUCCUGCACCUGAUGAUCAGGAAGAGGGUAGACAGGGCCAGACUGAAAAAUUCCAGUUUGAACUAACACUGGAGGAAGACGGUGAGUCAGACACUGAAAAGGACAGUGGAAGUCAAGUAGAAGAAGACACCAGCUGCAGUGACUCGAAGACCCUUUGCACCCAGGAUUCAGAAUCUACCGAAAUUCCUCUUGAUGAGCAAGUAGGGGAAGAAGUAGAAGAGGAGGAGAACCAGACAGAAUCUUGUGUAGUAGACCAUUCUCCUGACACGUAACAAUGAAAACAUAUCCUGUCUCUUUCAUGCCCUCUCCCUUCCUCUUUCUCUCUCUCUCUCUCUCCAUUUUGUUGUUGUUGUUGUUGUUUUCUUAAUUAGGUAAUGGUUUCUAAAGUGUAUGUCAUAUGCUAUCACCAUGAUCACAACUCACUGUCAUCAGCCAGGAUGUUUGUUGAUCAAAACUGACCUUGGUGACUCAGUUUGGCACUCAGGAAUAUUGUAACCAGAAUCUUCACCUCCAUUGCAUCAGAAAGCAGGAGAGAGAACAUUGAUAAACUGCGUUUUAAUAAGCUCUCCAUUUCACAGAUUUGAUUAAAUAAAGCAAAUGUUUUCACAGGAGUACCACCUGCCAACUGAAUGCUCGUAUGCUUUGGUAGUUUUUGAUUUUAUUUUACUUCACAACCUAAGUGUUGGAUAAUGUUCAUCAUCAGAGGAGACAGAAAAUAAAUGGAGGUUCCUGCUGGAAAACAAAUGCACAUAAACGAUGGGACACAAUAUGAAUCUGUGUAAGAUUAAUCUGUUACCAAUAGGAAGAUGAGCUGUGGAAAUUACAUAAUUUUCUAAUUUCAAGUCUUCCUGAUAAGUGACUGAAAAAAGUGUGACAUGGUGGGUUGCACCAAACUCUGUGUUUUGUAUAGUAUGUAAAAGUGAUCUUUUGUAGAGCUUACUUUUAUUAUUAAAUGUACUGAGGUAUUAUAUUUAAACAAAAACACUUUCAGAUUUCAUCACAUUUUUUUUUUCCAAAGAGUAACUUGCAAGUUUUCAGUACAAAUCUGUGCUACACUGGAUAAUACUUCUAGGGUUUUUUUUUUUCCUUAUUAUUUUGCACCUUAGAAUUUCAUGAUAAUAUUAAGCUGUAAAAGUCUGUUAUUUUAUAUGUUAGUGAGUUCCAUGAAUAUCCUUUAUGCUACCUAAAACUCAUUCAGCAUGAUGGCAUUUUUUUGUUGUUGUUUUCAUUAUAAUGUUCUCAAACAUAUUAGAGGAAGUUUUGCUGUUGUUCUCAUAGUGGCCUGAUCCUGUCAAUUCUGUCUUAGUACCAAAAGCGGUCCUGUUGAUACCAGCUGGACCAUUAAGAUUAAGAUUCAGAGGAGCAGAGCCAGUAAAAAGAUAAUGAAUUGUCUUUUUGAUAUGAAGACUGCUCUUCUGUCUCUCCAAAACAAUGAUUUUCAGAUAUUGUUUUGCCUGGGAACUAUGGACUGCUAAGUCAGCACAGGCUAAUACAGUGUUUGGAGUAUUUAUUUUGGCAAUGGAAGCAUUACUGUAAUCUUUCCAAAAGACUCUUUUCAUUUUUUUUUUUGUCUGUCAGCUACCUAGUGAAACCACUUGCUAACUUCUGACAUACAUACAACACAGAAACCAUGAUUAGCAUUACUGUUUUCAUGUUUUUGUUGCCAGAAGAGCCAGAUCCCUCUUUUGCGUUAAUACUUCUAAGUAAAUGAGCAGUGCAGUGUGAGAAGAGGGUUAGUUUACUCUACAUUAUUAUAAUCUCAGAUCUUUUCAUUCUGUAUAGAGCUUGUGCUGAGGGAACCCUACUUUCAAGUCUGAUUAGUACUGAAAGCUGUUGUUAUUUGCAAAGCUCAGUGGAGUUAGGAGCUCAUAUUUGUCAUUUUCCUGUCCUGUUUGGUCACGUGAAACAAAAUAAUUUCAUCUGCACUGCUUUGCACUUCAUUAAAAUUGUAGUUUUGACUAGGGAAAGAGUUGCCUAGAGAAGGAGCAGACUCCCACAGUAUCAAGAUGAUUUCUUAACAAAAGAAAAUAUUAUCAACAAUUAUUUCACAUUUAGAUUCACUUUGUAGGAAAUUUGCAAGAUAGAAAUACAGGUUUUUUGUUUUGGUUUGGUUUGGUUUUUUUAAGUGUCUGAGAUCUAGAAUAAGAACUUGUUUAAAAAGUAUUGGCUAAUAGUUCAGCAUUUAAAUGUAUUUUGCAUUCUCCUUUAUCCAGGUCAAAGUUUUCUCUGCCUUUAGCCCUCACAAGGCUUUAGCACAGAUGAUGCUGAAGGAGGAAAGAGAAUGAAGAGAACUCAUGUUUUUUUCAGGUUUUGACUUUUUUGUUCUUCAUCAUUUCUUCCUGAACCUGAUCCACCUAAAAGUCCUCUCAGUCCCCAAGAGUGCCUGGAACUUUAAUAACGGAAUAGCAAUAUAAAUUCCAAAAUAACCAGUAGAAACCUGAAAAGGUUUUGUAUCUGCACAAAUUGAAAACAGAUGAAGAGAAUAACACCAUAUUGUGAGAUAUAUACCCAUACAUAUGGACAAUCACAUAACAACAGAAAAAUGAUAUCAUUUCUUAGAGAUGGGGAUAUAAUGCACUGUACAAUCUUUUCUUUUUUUCCUCUUUUGCCAAAGUGUGUUUUAGCAUUGCGCACCGCUUUAAAAUAAUACAAUAUAAAAGUGGCUUUAUGUGUUCUAAAUAUUUUUGCCAUAAGAAAAUGCCGUGAGUCGGGUAUUGAGUGCAGGGGGGGAGGGGGGGCAAGAAAAUUCACAUUGCUUGUAACAGUACGCUUUAGCUUGCAAGUUACUGUACUCAAUAAUGCUGUGUUUGAACUUUUUAAUUGUUUUGUGUCAUUGUUAAGAAUUAUAAUGAAAGGAUAUAGAUAGAACAAACAGCAUUCAGAAGUUUAAAAAACUUGAAUGAAAUGGAUUUUACAGAAAGCUUUGACAGUUCUUUUAAAAUGCAUUAUUUAUUUUAUUUGUGCCAUGCAUUUUUCUCACCAAAUGACCUUACCUGUAAUACAGUCUUGUUUGUCUCUGUUUACAAGCGUGUAUUUAUUGUAAUGUACAUACUGUAAUGUUAAUUGUAAAUUAUCAGUUCUUAUUAUAACAUCAUCCUUGUCUGGGUGGUGUUGCUAUAUUUGGAAACUCUUGGUGAGAGAAUGAUUAUUGUGUAUACAUAGUCCUUGUACAUUUUUUCUCCUGUAAUAUAUUCUGUGUCACCUUAGAGCUUGUUUAUGGAAGAUUGAAGAGAAGUAUAAAAUACAUAAAGAUAUAUCAAUAAAAUUAAAAAAACAAACAAAAAAAAAGCUGCAGGUCUUUGGUCCCAGGGCUGUGCCUUAACUUCAAACAAUAUUUUCUUCUGUUUUGCUGCAUUUGAAAGUAAGGUAGCUUUGGGGAUAGGGCUGGGCAUAUCUACCAUAUUUUUAGUUGCUAGCUAAUGUGGUUACUUGUGCGAGCUAGUUUGCAUGAUACUACAGAGAGCUUUCAUUCAUGAACAUGCUGGAAGUUGAAGCUUUUCCAGACUUCUGGCAAUAUAAUUGUAUUGCCUCUCUGAUUAUCUUUUUACAGGCUAUCAUCAGGGAUUAUUGCAGCCAUUACUUGCUACUAAAAAAACAUUGAUGCUGUAUUUCAGUACUGAAUUGUGCUGAACGAGCUUUGGAAAGCAUCUCUAAUAAGCAUUUGAUUUUAAUGCAUAGUUGCAAAUGAAACAAAUGGAACUAAAUGGGGAUAGCUCAUACACUUGUUUUUUUUAAGUCAUCUAAUACUCUUUAUUUAGUAGCACAAAUUACCACUAUAUAAGCAGAAUCAAUAAAGUAGGACAAAAGACAGCUUCAAUCUUGGAAAUGCUUUCCAACACUAAUAUUAGUGUCCUAGGCAGCCAAAGCUUUUAUUUUGUAUAGAUGUAUGUAAGGCUUUGUACAGGUGUGUAUAGCAUAAUGCACUAGAUCUAUAGGAGAAUGAUAGACCUCUAGAUCUUUUAAUAACACUAGUAUUAGGUUUGCAGGUUGGACUCUGAGCAUCUCUUGCUGUUUAAGUAUCACGUUGCUCCAAACAGCGUAGGACUGAUAGCAAUGAAUUUGCCAGAGCAAGGUAAAUACCUCUCCUCAUUCCAGUGAUGCCCAGCCCCUGUAGCAUGCGACCUUUCGUUAAAAGGAGAGAUUCUUUUCCAUGGGGAAAACAGAGCCUCCUUUUUGACACAAACUGUAGAUUUUAGCAGCCCUGGCCCAAAGGAAAUGGAUUGCUUUUGUUUUAAACAAUAUGAAAGGGACACUAUAACAACAAAAAUCCUGAACAACUUUUUGUUAUUAAUUUGGGGAUGUCUUGAGAGUGGCAACUUGUGUGAACAUUGCACAUGACAAUUCUUUCACUGGUUUCUUAGCCUCUCUUACAGCCUAUGGGAUAGUACUGUACAUCAAUAUCUUCAUAUGAAAUUUUUAUAUGCAAUGGAAAUAAAGCAUGUGUUGAUUCUGCCUAA